CCUCAUCUCUCCGUCUCUGCGCUCGUUCAGUGGCAGAGUGUCUCUUUCCUUUCCAGGGCAGCCUCAUUCUCUCCUCCAGGAUGAUGGGCCCUCUGACCAGCUGCACCCUCCUGGUGCUCUCCCUCACCCUGCUGCACACACACGCCAUCCAAGCCAAGUCUCUCUCCGCAGGCCACAGCGCUGGACAUGCUCAGGACCGGACAGGAAACCACCGCUCCCGCCGCGACCUCCGGGAUUUGCUGCCCUAUGAGGCCCAGAUGAUGUCAGAUCCUGCUGUCUUUGAAGGUAGAGGGCGGGGGAAAGAGCUAUACUACCAACCAGAUGAGUGGAGGAGACAGGGCAUGGGCCAGGCUCUGCAGCGAUUGGUUGAGAGUGACCAGAGGCGAGAGCAAGAGGCUGCAUACCUAGCUGGCAUGCUACGCCUCCUCAAUGAAGUGGAGGGUGGGGAUAGAGGCAUGGAAGAGGAGCAGGAGGAGGGGCCUGGGGACUUUCCCUACCCCCCAGACUACGAUGAGACAGAUCAAGGUAUGAGCAUGGGAAAGCCCCAGGCUUCGUGGCAAGGCCUGUUGGACCCCCAGCUCACUCAGGCCUUGCUGGAGCGCUACAGACAGGAGAGGAUGCUACAGGCUGGACUUCAAGUCCCAGACUCAGACAAACAGAACAGAGAUCAGGAGACCCUGAGAUACUUGGUUGCUAAGAUCCUAUCCAGCAUCUCCCCUAGCAACCCACAGAGUCCAUCUGGUCGCCGUGCGAGGCGGGACCUAGUGGCCGUGGAAGGAGGCGCUAGGCCGCUAGGCCAGCCAGCCCUGCACAAGAGAUCCCGCCGUUCCCUGGACGACGCUGCCCCCACCUCGCUGAGCCAGGAUGGCCCCCUGCUGAGGGUGAAGAGGCUGGGUGAUGAGGAGGGGGGUGAGGGAGGGGCCGGGGUGGAGGGGGGGUACAGACCCCCACCCCAGGGGCUCCAGAGGAUGAAACGUGUGGAUCCCGAACCGCCCUCUGGCAGAUCCAGGCGCAGGAGGAGAGCACUGACCUAUGACCCCGACUUGCUGGUCCAACACAUCCUACAAUACAUACCCCAGUAGGGAGGAUGGGCGGAGGGAGAUUGGGAUGAGAGAGGAAGUGAGUGAAAGAGCAGAAAAGACAGGAGAUAGGUGCAAAAAAUUUGGAGUUGUGAAGAAAGGAUGACCACACUUUAUGUUCAUACAGUCUACAGUAGCCACAGUGUCGACAUGAUGACAUUUCAGAUGAGUAUGACUCAUUAAUUCAGCACAGUUCAGCUGUCCUGAUUCCUUUACGUUAUACAGCUCUCUCACUGUUGCCCAAAAGUAUAUGCAAACUCAAACACAUAACUAACACAUAAUCGUUCUUCUGGUGCUGUCUGAAGUGGAUCAGAAGUUACAUACAUGACAGCAGUGAACAUUAAAGCUCUGCUCCUUUGAUGCUACUUGUAAAACCUGCAGUAGUCUGCAAACACAGCGCCCAUCCAUCCUCCCGUUAUAGCGGACAAGACUGGCCGGCUAUCAGCAUGACACACACACACACAUACACCUACAGA